AUGGAGUGGAGAUUGGAGAAGAUCGUUAUGGAGAAGAUGGAAAGGUGGGGAGAGUGUUUCUUGGAACCCUGUUUAAGAGGAAGGGAAGGCGAAGCUGCAGUAGGAGGGGAAGGCCAUUUAUUAAGCCAAGAAGAAGAAUGGGAGUUAUGGGGUUUUUGGGAAGGGAUUUUUGUAAAUUUUGUAGACGGGGUGGAGCGGAGGAUAGGUCGGACAGGACGUGCUGGGAAAUCUGGUUUGGCCACGGCAUUUUUCAGUGAGAAGAAUGCUCCUCUUGCAAAAGACCUUGUUGAACGGAUGAAGCAAGCAAAUCAAGAAAUCCCAACUUGGCUAAAGGAAUAUGCUGAGACAACUUACAUGUCUGCUAAUGGUAGAUCUAAGCGCUCUGUAGGCAACAUAUUUGCUGGUUAUGAUUAUAGAAGUGGCGAUGUCGAUGGUGGUAAUGGGUAUUUCUCUAGCCAUUAUGCUAAUAGUACUACAGGGAGUGUAUAUCCUUUUUCUGCUCCUGACACUUCUCAAUUUGCUCCUUACGACGUCCCUGUUGGUGCUGAUGUUACUGGUUUCAGCAACAAUUCGUUUGAUGCAGGUUCAAACAGCUAUGGAAAUGAUUAUGGCUCUGUUGUUGCAACUGGGUGGGAUUGA